UUUGGCGAUGUUUCUUCUAUCGCUCCUGCACUGACUAUAGAUACUACCAGUGUUGAUUUUAGUACUAUUGGUAUUUCCAGCAGAGUGCGUGGAUUGUGGUGUUGAGAGAAGAUGGAACAGCAGCUAACGAUAGGGUCUUUGAGCGCUGAGAUACUAGAGGAGCUUCUCCAGACGGUGACACACGAGUUGACGGCGCAGUUGGUGCUCCAGGAGCAGUUGCUCAGGGCGCAGUACGGGCGUGUGGAAGCCGGGGGGCCUGGCAGCACAGGCAGCACAGGCAGCAGGCUUGAGACCAGGAUCCGGUGGAGCAGCACGAGGGGACGGGACAUCUUCGGGCACGAGAAGACCACCGACGCGAGCCACUUUGUAUACUGCCCCAACUGCGGGCGCAAACACUCUGCCGGCCGCUUUGCGUCACACAUCGACCGCUGUUUCGGCGGCAAAGGCAGCAGAAAGGCCGCGUCCAAUGGCGGCAGCAGCAGCAACGAGUAGUGCUUUU